CUACUAGUAGGUUUGUUCUGGAAAGAAGUAUCCGACAAGGAUGUCCACUGAGUGUUUAUCUGUUCCUUAUAGUUGGACAAAUAUUCUGUAGAUAUCUAAAAUCGAGCUCUAUCAAGGGUAUUACCAUUGCUGAUAAAGAAAUUGUUAUAAGUCAGCUAGCAGACGACACUGCACUUUUCCUGAGAGACUCCUUGCAGGUUCCCCAAGUUCUUCAAAUCAUUAAAAUAUUUUCUAAUGCAUCUGGUCUCUACCUAAACUUAAAGAAAUGUGAACUGUUUGCACUUAAAGAAUGUGAUCUGUCAUUAAGCAACAUUGCUAUCAAAAAAGAGGUAACACAUCAAGGUGUGAAAAUAAGUAAAAACCAAAAAAAUAGAGAAGCUAAUAACUUUAAUCCCAUGAUUAGAAAAGCAGAAAAUAAGUUCAGCCGCUGGUUACAGCCAGACCUGUCACUAAAAGGUCGUUGCCUUCUCACCAAAGCAGAAGGUCUUUGAGGCUUGUUUACGUUGGAUCUUCACUUUCGCUGGACAAUAAAAAUGCUAAAAAAAUUGAUCAGUUACUUCUAAACUUUCUAUGGAAGAAUCGAAUACAUUAUGUCAAAAAGUCUGUGGUUAUUAAUUCCCUAAAGAAUGGAGGGCUUGAUUUUCUAGAUUUCUCCACACUAAAUAAUGUCUUAAAAAUUAAGUGGCUACAAAAGUUCCUACAGCAAAUUCAAAAGUGUUAAAAUUCCAGUGUUGGUGUUGUUAGUUAAAAAUAAAGUGUCAGUUCAACACUUGCUGAGUUUAAUUCAACUACCCGAGAGUUAGUCCCUCAAAAGAGUUGGUGAUCAUACACAGAGUUAAAUUUAAACAACUCUGUAAAGUGUUGAUUUUAAAAUCAACACUUAAUAGAGUAACUCCCAGCAUCCCAACGUAUCUGUGACGUGUUUGCCUGAAGAGCGGGACGGAUAGAGCGGCUGCAGCGAAGCACAACUGUUUUUCCCUUUUUUUUUUUUCCUUUCUACUUGUACAAAUGAGGAUAUUGUGCGCGUAAAUGAAUGUCGGCAUGUUUAAUUAAUAACACUUCUAUGCAAUAGUGUUAUAUUUGUGACGACAAUAGGUGUCGCCGAAGCCUGUCUGCAGCUAACAUUGCGACAAGGUAAGUUAGCAUGAUUGUUGUAUGCUAUUUGUCGCUUUUGCACACGUGUCGAUAAAUAUACAAACAUAUGUGUAACCUACAGGAAUACACAUUUGUAUAACAUGUUACAUUUGCACAGCUGCACAUUUUGUAAGGGGUCAGAGUUUGCUAAAGUGAUGUAGCACGCGCAUGGCGGGUUAACCAAAUAUUUCCCAGAAAAAAAUCUGAGGGCCACUUGUCAUUUCGACAAUCAAAUCCGUGUCAAGUUGGUGAGGAGUGCAGUUAGCUAGUCUUGUCGAAUGGUUGUUGGCAUUCCAUCAGGGGUGUCAAGAUCCGUUCCUGGAGGGCCACUAUCCUGCAUGUUUUAGAUGUUUCCCUCUUCCAACACAGCUGAUUCAAAUGAUCAGGCUCGUUAUCAGACUUCUGCUGAGCUUGAUGAUAAGCUGAUCAUUUGAAUCAGGUGUGUUGGAAGAGGGAAACAUCUAAAACAUGCAGGAUAGUGGCCCUCCAGGAACGGAUCUUGACACCCCUGCAUUACAUGGACCGGGGGUGGGGGUUCGGUUGAGCUGCUGCUGCUUGCCCGAGACAGCUGCAGACUUCCUGCUGUAUUCCUCCACCGGUGGAACACCUCCACACACCGGGCCACCACACCAGCCAUGCCAAGCCUUGCUUCGAUUAAAACAUUUUAAGAUUAAAAAACGCUAACUCUUCAAGCUAAUGUUACCGGAGCCACGCAUGCUGUGCAUCAUGUUGGUUAAGGUGCGAUUUGGUGAAACACAGAAGUAUGUCAAAGUGGCUGAGACUGAAGAUGGCUAUGAUGACUUCAACACAUUUCUUCAAAAAGUUAUUCAAAAGCUAGAUCUUCCACUUGAGACUGAGCUGCAUUUGACAGAUGAAUCAGGGACAGAAGUUGAUGCAGAUGUGUUUGAGGAGCUCUUGCAGGCAGGGAACCUCACUGUUAGGGUGACAUUGGAAAAGUCAACAGUUGCACUUCAGCAUGAUCUUUCAUAUACUUCGCUGGAGUCACCCAUGUCAGACAACUCAUCUGGGUCAGUGUCAGGAGUCUCCUCGCUAGUAUCCUCUGAUUCAUCAGAUGCAACAGUGAUUGUUCAUACAAACGGAGGGAGGAGAACCCAUGCUGAACGGGAAUCAGCAAAAGAGAUGGUGAGAAAUGCUCUGAAGGCUAAACCAGGUGGACAGUUUAUUUUGGAUGAAUAUGACAAAAUGAAAACAUUGACAGAUAGCACAAGGAGAAAGUUGGUAAACCUUCUUGUGGCCAACAUGGUUGAAAUUCAUGGGAGGAGCCCACCCAUCUCUGUUCGAACUACAUGUGCUCUAGGCAUCAUCUCUCUAUUUCCCAGCCUCAGAGAUCCAUAUUCGGACAAGGGAUAUGAACACUUCUAUGACCCAGAGAGUGGAUCUGGCUACUUGGCUUGGAGGAUAAAGACUGUUCAGCGCAACACUGCAGCUCAGCCCCAGAGAUGCUCCACAAGCACAACCUAUCAAGAUAGUCCAAAGAGAAAGAGGGAUGUUCUCUGCACUGAUAAGCAGCUGCUUGGUGAGCACUGUCAUGAAGCAAUAUCCUUUUUGAAACAUUCAACUGAUGAAUCAGCCAUCAAAGAGCGAAUGAGGGCCACAUUUCAGUACCGUCAAACACUGGUUCAAGAUCAGCAGUGCUCUUCGACAGUCUUUGACAUCUUCCCACGAUUUCUCGACAUCACUGGCUUGAUUGAACAAGACUUCACCAUGAUGUUUGGAGAGGAAGUGUCGGGCAGAUUUUUGGCAAAAUGGCCUACCUUUUUCAAGCCUAGAAUCCUGGCAGACUGCAAAAAACUGACUUCUAAUGAGCACAUUGAAGACCUCAUGUCAUUGCAGCAAGACUCAGGCUGGGACAGUGAUCUGUCCAGCAUUCUUCUGUUGGUUCACCUGCUUCCUCCCACCCCCAAAGGCCACAAGAAGAGUGCUAAAAUCAGCCCAUGCCAGGCUGUUGACCAUGUUGUGAGAUAUUUGCAGAUGGGAGCCAGUGUUGAAACCUUCCUUGCUGGUGUGGAGCCAGGCCAGCCCUUCCUCCUUGGUGUUGGUGAAAAGAAGAGCAGCAUCCAAAGAUACUAUGUCAUCAUUGAUCACAAGGCCAUCCCCUGCAAGGCACAGACAUCCCUUGCAGCUUUCGAUGAGCUCUUCAAAGCACACUUCAUCUUCAGUGUCAGUUACCAUGAAUCCCUCUACAACUUCUAUACGUUCAUCCAAACCACAGUUUUUAACAUUGACAUUGGAAAGGCCAAGGAAACUCCCAGAGUCAAGGAACUAAGGGCAAGAUUUUUUCAUGACGCUUGAGGGGAUAAAUAUCCAUGGAUGCAAACAUUUUUCUUUGUUAUGUCUGUAAGGCAUGCCACAAAAGUUCUGCACUGCUUUGUCAGCAUUUAAGACUUCACCAUGGUCUAUAUCCUGGAAAGACAUUACGCUUAAAAUGUGGACAGCCGGGAUGUUCUUCUUUGUUUUGCACUUAUUCAGGUUUCAAGAAGCAUCUUGUUCAUUGCCACAGAGAUGUUGCUGUGACUAAUACUGCUGACAAUGUGGACACUCAGAAUGAAGUUGAUGAGCCCUCAACUUCACAGACAGUCAACAAAGCCUCUCCAACAACUACCCAGCUCUCUGUUGACAAUGAUCAUGUGUUAAACAUGUGUGCUUCUGUUGUAGCACAGUUGCAAGCAUCUGGUGUUGCUGAGAGCACAGUCCAAGCAAUGGUGGGAUCCAUGGAGGACCUUGUAAAUGACAUUAAUAGACAAGCAAGAGAGGCAGUUCUCAGCUGUUCUUCAGAAAUUCAAGGUACGGAUUUGGAAAAGAAGGUGGAAAAGUGCUUUGAUCAACUAGGAAAUCCUUUCUCAUCCUUGAACACAAGAGUAAAACGUCAGAAGUUCUUUAAGGACAAAUGGGAAAUUGUUGAACCUGUUGAAUAUGUUCUUGGGGUGCGAUUUGAUGUUCGCAGAGAUCAAACAACUGGUGUUUAUUGUCAGGUCCCCGUAACAGAUAAAUUUGUGUAUACACCCAUCCUGGGAACUCUUAAGUCAAUGUUCAAGAACACUGAAUUAUGUGAAAGUUUCUUCCAAGCCAAACAUCACGAAGAAGGCAUUUAUAAAGACAUAUGUGAUGGUUCAUACUUCAAGAGUAACGUUUUGUUUUCCCAGAAAAAGCAUGCUCUACAGAUUCAACUUUAUUUUGACGAGUUUGAGACAGCAAAUCCCUUAGGUUCAAAGAAAGGUAUUCACAAACUCGGUUGUAUUUACUUUAUAUUGAGGAACCUGCCCCCAAAAUAUAAUUCUGUGUUGAUGAAUAUACAUGUUGUGGCACUCUUCCACUCACAAGAUCUGAAGACUUAUGGGUUUGAUGACAUCCUGAAGCCUGUUGUUGACGAUCUUAAAAUACUUGAAACACAAGGAAUUGAGGUGCCUUUCUCAGACUCACCAUUGCUUGGUUCUGUUAUACAAGUAACGGGUGACAACCUAGGUUUACAUGGACUGUUCGGUUUUGUUGAGUCCUUCAGUGCUACAUAUUUCUGUAGAUUUUGUUUGACAAGUAAGGAUGAGUCGCAGUCUGUCUUUACUGAAGAUGACCCUGGCAUGAUUUUUCGUACAAAGGAAAUCCAUGCAGAACACUGUGCAGCUCUACAUGAAAAUCCUAUGUUGAGUUCCACAUUUGGUGUCAAAAAGACAUGCUUGCUCAAUACAUUGCAUUUUUUCCACACCUCUGACAACUAUGCAGUUGACAUAAUGCACGAUUUACUUGAAGGUGUAGUACAGUACGAACUCAAACUUGUCUUUCAGUACCUUGUAAACCAGAAGUAUCUGUCUUUGGAAUCAUUGUCACAGAGGAUCCAAACUUUCAACUAUGGUUAUAUUGAGAGAAAAAAUAGACCAAGUGGGUUGAAAAUGGAUGAGGCUAGCAAGGAUCUUGGAUUAAAUGCAGUUCAGUCAUGGUGUCUUGUAAGAAAUACUCCUCUUAUUUUUGGUGAUGUAUUGGAAAGAAAUAACUGUUACUGGAAUCUGCUCCUCCUCUUGAUUCAGAUUGUGAAUAUAGUUUUUUCACCCAUUGUAACUAACGGUAUGACAUACUAUUUAAAGCACUUGAUUAAGGACCACCAUGAGCUAUUUAAGUGUUUGUUUUCACAAAGAAGAUUGAUUCCAAAGCAUCAUUUCAUGCUACAUUAUCCACGUUGUAUUCGAAAAAUAGGUCCACUCCUUCAUGUAUGGUGCAUGAGGUUUGAGGCCAAACACAAUUUUUUUAAAAGAUCAGUGAAAAAUUUCAAAAAUAUCACAAAAUCAUUGGUGAAACAACACCAGAGACAGUUAGCUUACCACUGGGAGAAUUUUAAUUUUCAGAGAUUUGAGUUUGGUCCAGUGAAAAACGAAAUCAUUGAUCGCCUCGAGGGAGGUGAGGUUUUAAGUUCUGUUUUUGAUGUUAAUUUAUAUUGUGAAGUGUCAACCACGAAUUGGGUGAAGAACUAUGGAACAGAAUAUCAGAUUGGUAUGUUUAUUUGUACUGGAACAAAAAUGGAAAUUCCUAUUUUCAGAAAGAUCACCAACAUCAUUGUCCAUGAUGGGCAAGCUUUCCUUUUGACUUGCAGAGUGGACACUCUUUAUUUUGAUGAUCAUUUCAAUGCAUACUGUGUUGAUGAGAGAGCAGAUUCAUUUUCUGUUUUCCCAGUUAAGGAACUGAUUUAUCACAGACCCUAUGACAAACAGUUUUCUAAUGAGAUGUGUGAAAAAAUAUACAUUGUGCCACAUUGUCAUAUUUUGUGACCUGUGUUGUAUUGCAAAGCAGUGCUGUUUUUAUGUGGUGUGCUUAUUUGAAAUACAGGCUGAUUCAAACUGCAA